ACAAGAAAUCAAACUUCAGGAAUUGGUGGAAUCUUUGCACUCAUCCCAGUCUGAGCAACAAUAGAUUAGGAAUGAGCUGUAAAUGGAGCUUGAAGAAAACAACAGACGGAUGGAGAAUCUUCCAACACGAAUGGAGCACAAUUUCAACAAAAUCUUGGAGCAAAAAUUCAAUAAUCUUCUACUAAAGAUGACCCCUGGGAAGGAUAAGGCAACAGAAGGGGACGACAGAGUGAUGAUAGAUCAGACACCAAUUUUGCCAACUCCACUAGCUCAUCAGAGGUUGCAAACGGAAGGGCAGGUUCAUAAAACCUUCAAGAAAGAUUGGAGAUCGUCUAGCUCAGCUACAAAUCAAUCUGCAAGGAACGAGACAUAUGGAAGUUCGCAUGUCAGACAAUUUAGUAGAGGAAAGGCUGACUACUACAAUGGAGAGGAAAUCGUGGAGUGCUAUUGCCAAGAAUCCUGCAAAAUAGUGUCUUCUUGAACUGCAGCAAAUCCAUCAAGAAGGUUCCAUGGAUAUAGAAAUUAUGGUGUAAUGAGGCCAGCAAAAUGCUUAAAUUUUAAUAAUUUUCGUAAUGGUUGGGCUGUGUUUAUUUAUUUUUUAUUACUAAUGAUGGAUUAAUUUUGAAUGGAGACAUCUCAUUCUUGCAA